ACGAACGCGAUACCGUGCACACGUACCACACGCUCCCCCAAUAAUGCAGUGAUUGCUCACGAACACGUUAGCUAUUUGGAUGUUUAUAAAGUGAAGUGUUAAUUAGUAACUAUGGUGACGGGUAUUGCCGGCAGCCCUCAGCAGGCCGCCUCCAACCCAGUGGUGGUGAAUAUGAGCCCUGCAGCGCAGGUAGAACAGAAAAAAAGUGGUGAUAAUAGAAGGAGCAACAAGCCGAUUAUGGAAAAGCGGCGGCGGGCGCGCAUCAACAACUGCCUAAACGAACUGAAGGCGUUAAUUUUAGACGCUAUGAAGAAAGACCCGGCUAGGCAUGCUAAGUUAGAGAAGGCUGACAUCUUAGAGAUGACUGUAAAGCAUUUAGAAGGCCUACGGUCUGAAGGGGCUGGGUCGCCAGAUCGAUUCCGUGCGGGCUACAGACACUGUGUGACUGAAGUGUCUAAGUUCCAAGGAAUAGAGCCGGCCCUGAAGAGAAGGUUGGUGAGGCACCUAGAAGGUUGCGUCAAUGCUGCAGGUGCCAGGCCAGCUGGAGCUCCCACGCCUCCUUCUGACACUGAAGAUGCUCCUCAAACUCAACAUUCUACUAUUUUUAUAUCUGCUGGACCUGGUUCAGGUGUGCGCCUAGUGCCCACAAGGUUGUCUAACGGCGACAUCGCGCUUGUGCUACCAGCUGGUGUGAACGCGAGCACUUUGGGCGCGAUACCAACCCUAGUACCACUGUCUCCACGAGACGCAUCUUCCUCCACGUCUUCGGAGACGAGAUGCUAUUCCCCAGCCAGCUCUGGUUGGGGAUCACCUCCUCCACCUCCUGAAGAAUCAGCUCCCCUCGCACUUGUAACAAGAAAAGAGACUCCAGAAGAAAAACCUUGGAGACCAUGGUGACACUCCCUUCAUUCCUUACAUAACACUGUGAUAUAUUUUAGCUGUACAUAUAGUAUGUCUCCAUCGACAGAAUAUAGUUCCUAGUGGUAGUUUAAACAGAUUAAAGUAAUAAAUAAUUUUCGCAAAGAAAUAAUAAAGGUACUUCUACUUGAGUUACUUGUUCGGUCAGUUCAGAUUGUGUGAUAGAGUUUAUAAAGAUAAUUUUAGAUGAAAACUUGUCUUUUCCUUUCUGUUUAACGAAAGGUUUAUUUAACUUUUAAGUUCUAGAUAAUAAGGUGUAUAUUCGCGGAUGACAUCUGAAGCAGUAUUUCAUUUAUCAUUACGUAGCGUGACGUAGUGUUAUACGUUAUUCAUUAUAUUAGUUCGUAAAUAACUAGUGCCAUUAAUUAAUUUCGUUCAAUUUACAAUGGAUUAGUAUGCUUAAAGCUUUUGUAAAUAGGAGUUUAUGCAAAUAUUGAGCAGUUGACGGUCAAUAUUUGAAUGCAAUCGAUAUGAUAGGAUUCUGUGUGCCUUAUCCAGCAAAAUCGUAUAGUCUUCCAUUACAUAGGCGUAUGAAUAUAUAAAUGUUUAACAUGUAUAUAGCGGCAAGGAUUAAUUGUCGUAUGAUAAUUGCGCUCAAUAUUCAGUUAGUUACGUUACCGGAAUAAACCAGUAGUCAUUAUUGUCUUCCUUUACCAGUUACCGAACGAGGACAGUUUAUUUUAACAUACAAUUAGUUUUAUUUUUACAUUAUUUGUAUGAGUGACGUAAGACAUAGGCUUUUGUAACAUAACUAAGUUAAAUGCAAGUGAAAUGUAUUUAUGUUUGCAUAUUAUUACAAUUAAAGGAUGUUAGUUUAUUUCGUUUGUAAACAAUAUUGUAACAAUUUGCCGUCUCAAUGUAAAUGGUUAAGAGAAUAAAGUGAUAUUACUUAAGAUUGUGUUUAGCGUGUAAGCAGAUGUACCUAAAAGAAAUAUGCCAUUAAUCUAGAAAUAAAACUAUGA